GCCUAGGAAAACUAAUUAACCAAAAUUAACUUUCCAUUAUUAGUUAAUUCCUUGUCUAUAAAUGCCUUCUCCUCGUCUCCUCAAGUCACUCCCCAUCCCCCUUCGUCACCACCAAAGAGAGAGAAGGUCAAGCAGAAGAAGGCAGGGAAAGGAAAGAUGGUCGAAGGACACAGCCGCCAUGUUGCCUUCUUCCUAAUGGCGGCCAUGGGUUUUCUCUCCACCUCGGCGGCGCACCACAAGACCCACAUCGUCGGAGGAAGCUACGGGUGGCGCAUCCCCAACACCACCACCUUCUACCAGGAUUGGGCCGACGCCAGAGACUUCGCAGUGGGCGACAAAAUCGUGUUCCUGUUCACGACGAUGGUGCAAAAUGUGGUGGAGCUGUCGUCGGCGGAGGACUUCGCGGCGUGUACGACCAACAACGUGAUCGACAUCCACUUCAAGGGCCCGACGAUCCUGGAGCUGACGGCCGCCGGGCAGGAGUACUAUUUGUGCAACGUGGGGUUGCACUGCGAGAAGGGCCAGAAGCUGAGCAUCAACGUCUCCUCCACGCCGCACCCAGACGUCCGUCUCGCUUAGUACACAACCAAGCCCCGGCGCCUGCGCCUAUUCCAGCCUCUGCCGCUGUUGUGAGGGCGGAGCACGGCGGCGUCUUCGCCUUCGUCGCCUCUUCCCUGUGCCUCUGCUUGAUCCUUCCUUUCUUGGUAUAAAUUGAAAUUGCCUAUAAUGUGAGGGGGAAAUUGCAUGUUAAUUUCUGGGGAUUGUUAUUAAAUUA